UAACCAGCCACUGAAAAAGCCUAAUUCCCAGAGCACCAUGUCCAUGCCACCCGUGCGCGCACCACUACCCAUCAUUGUGCUGGCGGUGCUGCUGCACCUCCACCUCAUCUCCUCCGCCGUCUCAUCGGCAACCCACCACGCCAAAAACACCAUACCGCGCUACCCUGAUUUCCAGCACUUCAGAGUCAAAGAAACCAUCGCCGAUAUCAAAUCCAACAAGCCCACCAAGACACCACAACACACCCAUGAGAAAAAAUGGAAGCUGGAAUUAAUGCACAGAGACAAUAUUGUUGCACCCCAUCACACCAACUUCCAUGACCGUUUUCUCGAGCUCAUGAAGCGUGACGCUAGAAGGGUCGCCGGCCUUGUUCACCGUCUUAGCAAUGGUAGUUCCGGUGGCGGUCCUCCUUUUCAGGUGGAGGAUGAUUUCGGGUCGGAGGUGCUUUCCGGCAUGGAUCAUGGAACCUGGGAAUAUGUGAUUCAGAUAGGCGUUGGUAGCCCUCCGACGACUCAGUACAUGGUCAUCGAUCUCGGCAGUGAUGUUGUGUGGGUUCAGUGUCAGCCUUGUGACCAGUGUUACCCGCAGUCCGACCCGGUUUUCAACCCGGCGCAUUCCAGUUCGUUUUCCAGAGUUUCUUGCAGCUCCGCCGUGUGCGACCGCCUCGAUGGCGGCGGUUGCCACAAGGGUCAGUGUAUGUACGAGGUGUCCUACGCCGACGGGUCCUACACCAAAGGCACGCUGGUGCUCGAGACGCUGACGUUGGGUCGCACCACAAUUCAGCAUGUGGCCAUCGGGUGUGGGCACAAGAAUCGAGGCAUGUUCGUGGGAGCCUCCGGGUUAUUGGGCCUUGGAGGCGGGUCCAUGUCGUUUCUGGGUCAGCUUGGCGGGCAGGCUGGCGGUGCGUUCACUUAUUGUUUGGCAAGUCGGGGCACCGGCUCGUCCGGGUGGAUGGAGUUCGGGCGCGGAGCGUUUCCCGUGGGGGUUGCGUGGGUCCCCUUGCUCCGGAAUCCACGGGCUACGAGUUUCUACUAUGUUGGGCUUUCGGGUCUCGGAGUGGGAGGUACCCAGGUACCCAUUUCAGAAGAUGUGUUCCGGCUUACCGAAUUGGGUGACGGAGGGGUUGUUAUGGACACCGGCACCCCGGUGUCGAGGCUGCCAACUUUGGCUUAUGAGGCGUUUCGCGACGCUUAUAUCGCACAAACCAGGAACCUUCCUCGGGUCUCCGGAGUGUCCAUUUUUGACACAUGCUAUGAUCUAUCCGGAUUUGUGACGGUUCGGGUACCAACCGUAUCGUUCUAUUUCUCGGGUGGAUUAAUCCUUACCCUUCCGGCACAAAAUUUUCUAGUCCCUGUGAAUGAUGUGGGAACUUUUUGUUUUGCAUUUGCUCCAUCCCCAUCUGGACUUUCUAUUUUGGGGAACAUUCAACAAGCAGGGAUCCAGAUUUCCAUUGAUACCCUUGGGUAUAUGGGGUUUGGUCCAAACGUUUGUUAAUUUUGCUAUUUUGGGUCAUAUAACAUCAUUAUUAUUUUAAUUAAAUUAGCUAAAAAAGUAGGCACAUAACAAUAUUAAUAUAUUAAUAAAAUUCUCAAUACACUGGAGAUCUCCUGCCCAAAAAUUUAUGGUGAAGAUUACAAGAUUGGAGAAGAACUCCAGUAUUUUUUAACUGGAUGCAAUCUUCCCUGUAAAAGUACAGGAGAAUCUUCUGUGAUUUUAUUAAUAAUUUUGUCAGGUGCCUCAUUAUUUUAGCUAAUGUAAUUAAGGUAUUGAUGUUGUUAUGCUGCUAUUUUUCUAGGUAAUGUAAUUAUAUACUGUGGUUUGCUUUUCCACUUAGUGAGAAACUAAGUUAUAAUAGUGUUUAAAAGGGUUAA